GGAGUCCUUCCGCGGAGGUCAGACUUUUGGCAAGUGAGGAAACCAAACGGUAGAAAACUGACGAUGAUCAGUUGUACUCAGCGAUUUAUAAAGCGAGCGUUUCUGGGGGGUCUAGCAACGUGCAAGGAGAAGGCAAGGACAAGAGCAAUGAGUGCGCAACCAGAAGACUGGAGUAAGGCCACAUCUGUUUAUCAGUUUACAAUCACGGACAUAGAUGGCAAAGAGGUGAAUCUAGAAGAAUACAAGGGACUUGUCUGCAUUUUUGUAAAUGUGGCCUCCAAAUGAGGAAAGACUUCUGUAAACUACACUCAGCUUGUUGAACUGGAUAGUAAAUAUGCUGAGAAAGGUUUACGGAUUUUGGCUUUCCCCUGCAAUCAGUUUGGUAAGCAGGAACCUGGAGAUGAGAAACAAAUAAAAGCAUUUGCAAAUACAUACAAUGUAAAGUUUGGCAUGUCCAACAAAAUUGAUGUCAAUGGGGAUAACGCCCACCCUUUGUGGAAAUGGAUGAAGGAGCAGCCAAAAGGGAAAGGACUCCUUGGAAAUGCCAUUAAGUGGAACUUCACAAAGUUUUUGAUUGACCGUGAAGGUCAAGUUGUCAAGAGAUAUUCCCCCAUGGAUGACCCUGUGUGCAGUGAGGGUCAAAAGAGACCAGCAGGCCAGGCAACAAGAGCAUUGGCAGAGACACAAAACCAAGUGAUUGAAAAGGAUCUCCUGAAGUACCUAUAAUUGACCAAUACAAGCAGCUCGUGGAAAUGUAACUCAAUCUACUGAAUUUAUAUCAGCUUUUCGGUCCAGCUAAUGAUGGUCUGCUCUUAAACCACCUGAUGUGGAAAAGUGGAUCUGAUAAAUGUGACUUGCAUACCUGGUGGAAAUUCUGAUGUAUAUAUCAAAAUUGAGUUUCUCGGCAAUAAUGUGUUUCAAUAACUUGUCUGUAAUAAUUAAUACUAAAUAGUAACUUUAGACUGUUUUGUUGACUUUCUUGUUUUAUGGCAAUUAAAAACAUUAUCACACUA